AUUUCAUCAAAUUCCCAUCGUUUCGAUUACAAGGUUAUGUUGACACGAAGCUAACACACGACUAGAAUUAUUCGAAGGAAAUGAAUUAUUCGCAAAAGGAUCACAAAGGUUAUGGAAUCUCUCGUGUUUGCUAAUGCUAAUGCAAAUAUCGCGUGUAAAGAGAAUCGAAUUCGAAUCUGAGUCGACAUGUAAAAAUCGAUCGUGAGAAGAUUCAUGGACGUAAUAAAGUUUGAAAAAGCUGCAAAAGAUCAUCGUUAGAAACAAACGUAAUUUUUUAAACGUGGUCGAUUUCCGUAAAGCAACAGUACCGUGUUUUAAUCGAUAUCGCGGACUAGGCAACUAUCGUUUUAUAGGAGAAGCAGUGACCGUUCGAUUGUACUCUUAUCUGAUUCGAUUGAUCGAUCGAUUCGAUUCUCUCGCAUCCUAUUCGAUUGCAGCUUUUCACUGUUGUUCAAUCCUAUUGCAUUAAACGUGACUUUGCAAGUAACGAUCAAUCGGCUUGGCUUGAAUAAAGAGUUACGUUUCGGCUUUGAUUCUUGGGAAAUUAGUGGAGACUAAAAUCAGUCGCGUGACGACCGCGAACGAGUCACUGUGAUACGAAUCGAUCUCGCGAAUAAUACGACAAGACACAUCAUGACGAACUUUCAAUUUCAUACAACAUUAUUAUUGUUGUGCGUUUCGAGUUGCGUGUAUCUCGAUAUUUUACCAGUGAAAGCUGAAUCCAUUUUAAUAAGACCAUAUUACGUGUACGAAAAUUUGAUCAAAGGAGUUCACGAUUACUUUAAUAACACUUGCAUCAUACUUUUUCACGGCUCUUCAAAAUUAAUAGAAGAGGAAGGUUUGCAAGAAAUGGACGGACUUUUGACUCUUCAAACGCGAUUUAGCAAAUAUUUGCACAUUCGAACUGUGAUCAUGGAUUUUCAUAUGUUCAAGAAUCGAGUAGAGAAAACUUAUCAUCACAUCAAGAGGCCGUUGUUCGUGUUGUUGAACGAUUUCAAAGAGAUCAAGGAGCAAUUCGUUUCGGUGUCCAAGUGGAUUACGAUGGCUUAUCCGACAUGGUUGUUGUUCCUAAGGGAUGAGACUAGAUUCGAAGAGUUUCUGUCGGACGUUUACAUACCUUUCGAUUGUGUUUUUAUGGUGGCUCAAAGAGAUCGGCAGGGAAGCGAGAUAAUUCAAGACGUGUAUCGAAUAGGAAAGGAGGAUUAUCUGAGAUCAAUGACGUUCGGUACGUGGAAUUCGAGUCAUGGAUUCCAAGGACCUCUUCUCGGAUUGUAUCAACGCAGGCACGAUCUACACGGGCAUAACAUAAGGGUGGUUGCCAUUAACGACCCUCCUAUCUCACGGAUUUCCCGCGAUAAGGCUGGCCAACCAUUCGGAAUCACUGGAUUUUUCGGCGAGGUUAUUCAACUACUGCAAGAAGGGAUGAAUUGCACGUUUUCAUACAAGGAAGCUGAGACGUGGGGCGUCCAAUUGUUGAACGGUUCGUGGACAGGCUCGAUACGGAUGUUGAUAGAGGACGAGACGGAUCUGAUCGCCACCGAGAUGAUGAUGUCUUCCGAUAGGUUGGACGUAUUGAAAUUCACGACUCCCAUUUACACGAGCAAAUGUCGCGUGUUCAUCAAGAGACCGGACACUACGGCGGUGAAAUGGAACGCGUACUUGGCACCGUUCGCGUGGAACAUUUGGAACGUGAUAGCAUUAACUAUCGUGAUCGUGACUUUGACGAUCGCAGGGAUCGACGCCUUCUCGAGACGAAUCGAGUGGCUCUCCUCGAUCGGCGGCGGAACGCCUCGCCCGUCCAAUGAUUUAUUCGAGAUCCUGUUCCACGUGUUUGGCGUGUUCUGCGGGCAAAGUAUGGAUCAAUCUUUACUGGAUCCAACGAGGAUGGUGCAUCUGAGCGUCCAUUUGACGGCUGUGGUAGUGAUCGCAGCAUACUCGGCGGCUUUGAUCAGUUACUUGGCCAUCAAAACGUUCGUGAUGCCGUUCACCACGAUGAAGGGUUUACUCGAGGAUGGUGGCUAUCGGUUCGCUGUGGUCGCCAAUUCGGCCGAGUACAGUUUCUUUCAGAACACGACCGACACCGUGCUCUCGAUCAUGUUCGAGGAAUUGUUGACCAGAGAGACCGAUCUGCCUAUAAAUUAUCUCGAUGGUUUGCAACGCGUUUGCAGGGAGAAGAAUUACGCGUUCAUGACGUUGGACAAUAUGGCGUCCGUGCUGCAAGGAAAAGUGGACUGCGUUCUUGAACCUUUGGACGUGAUUAUGCAAGUGACUAUAGCCAUGGCAGUCCCCUUUCAGAGCCCUUACCGUGGCAUUAUCGACACCAAUAUUCUUUUACUGCGGGACAGCGGUAUUCUUCAACGGUUGCUUAAGAUCGAAUGGUCGAACGACGAGAUACGACGGAUAAAAAAAGGAUGGACUUCGGUAGAAUUGGAGGACGCUGCACCGUUGCUACUUUUCCUGAUAGCCGUCUACACGAUUGUCUGCCUGUUGUUGUUGGUAGAGCGGUUGAUCGAUCGAAAUCGAGAACGGCGUUCCAAGACGAACUAGCCGCGCACGCAGCCCGAAUCGUUCGCGCGAGUCGCAAUAUAUAAACAAACGAUGGAGCUGGCACGCGUCCGGACGAGUAAGAGACGACAGUUGUUCACGAUUUCUUGUUGCGAUCACGUAGAAUCAAGCUCCCGUGGAAACGAA